AUGUACUGUUCAAUAUUUGGGAUAGCUGAGGCAAAUGAGAUACGUUGUGCUUUACAUGUCACUUCAGACGGGCCAGUAGGAGACGAUAAGUGGAUGACCGUUCCUAAUAUGGCAUACAUUAUAUCCACAGCUUAUAAAGUGGUGUUCAUGACCCUUGCUAUUAGUGGAUGUAACACUUUCUUCCCAUUGAGAGGAAGUGCAGACCCACCGACACUCCACAAACGCAUUGCAGUUGCAUUUGUUAAUGAAAAUCACUUUAUUGGGGUUGUUCUUCGUGAUGGGCACCCAAUGCCGCUCACUGCUCACAUGUGGACAUAUCAUCGCAGGAAUGAGGCCAAGACAUGGGUUGAUCCCUAUUCUGCUCGAAUCGACACUUAUAGUGCAUAUCUUGCCGCUAAACAUGGUGGUGGUGAUCACUCAAGAAUAGACCUUAGUGAGGAUUAA